CGCCCGCCCGAGCGGGGUCGGGGGAGGGGGCAGCAUGGCCUGUCCGUCCGGCCCCCUUCGCCGCGCUCCUCAUCUGCCCCGCGCCGAGCGCCGCCGCCGCCGCCGCCGCCGCCGCUCCGCUGCCCGCGCCGCCCGCGGCUCCCGAUGGAGACUGACGCGCCCCAGCCCGGCCUCGCCUCCCCGGACUCGCCGCACGACCCCUGCAAGAUGUUCAUCGGAGGACUCAGCUGGCAGACCACGCAGGAAGGGCUGCGCGAAUACUUCGGCCAGUUCGGGGAGGUGAAGGAGUGUCUGGUGAUGCGGGACCCCCUGACCAAACGAUCCAGGGGUUUCGGCUUCGUCACUUUCAUGGACCAGGCGGGGGUGGAUAAAGUGCUGGCGCAGUCGCGGCACGAGCUCGACUCCAAAACAAUUGACCCCAAGGUGGCCUUUCCUCGAAGAGCACAGCCCAAGAUGGUCACUCGAACGAAGAAGAUCUUCGUGGGGGGGCUAUCGGUGAACACCACGGUGGAGGACGUGAAGCAGUAUUUUGAGCAGUUCGGAAAGGUGGAUGAUGCCAUGCUGAUGUUCGACAAAACCACCAACAGGCACCGAGGGUUCGGGUUUGUCACGUUUGAGAGUGAGGACAUCGUAGAGAAAGUGUGUGAGAUCCACUUCCAUGAAAUCAACAACAAAAUGGUGGAAUGCAAGAAAGCUCAGCCAAAGGAAGUGAUGUCCCCGACGGGCUCAGCCCGGGGCAGGUCUCGAGUCAUGCCCUACGGAAUGGACGCCUUCAUGCUGGGCAUCGGCAUGCUGGGUUACCCGGGUUUCCAAGCCACUACCUACGCCAGCCGGAGUUACACAGGCCUCGCCCCUGGUUACACCUACCAGUUUCCCGAAUUCCGUGUAGAGCGGACCCCUCUCCCGAGCGCCCCAGUCCUCCCCGAGCUUACAGCCAUCCCUCUCACUGCUUAUGGUCCGAUGGCGGCGGCGGCAGCGGCGGCGGCUGUAGUUCGAGGGACAGGCUCUCACCCCUGGACGAUGGCUCCUCCUCCAGGUUCUACUCCCAGCCGCACAGGGGGCUUCCUGGGGACCACGAGCCCCGGCCCCAUGGCUGAGCUCUAUGGGGCGGCCAACCAAGACUCGGGGGUCAGCAGUUACAUCAGCGCCGCCAGCCCUGCCCCCAGCACUGGUUUCGGCCACAGCCUCGGGGUGAGUGGCCUGGCCUGAGGGCCUCCACCUCGCCCCC